UCCCAGCUUAUUUCCCCGGGCCCCAAACGCGCAGGCGCUAGCAGGUAGACGCCAGCUUCCGCGAGUCGCAGUGCUUUUGCUUGCGAAGCUCUUCCCCAGAAAAGAAAGCGUGAAGCUCUCUUCUUCCUUCCGUCAUCCGCUAACCUCUUUUCCUUCAUCUUUCCAUCCUCCUCCACUCUCACAACGACUCUAGGUCGAAGUUCCAAAGUGUUUCUCACGCUUUGAUUACCACAAAUUGUCCGUUCGACCUGCCUUGUUUGCGAUCAAGCUUGGAGCGCGCCAGAGCCUGAUUCCAAUCAUCGGCCAAAAUCGACGCUUGAGCACGAGCGUUGGGAUCACUAACACACGUAGAUCCCUGUAACUAGGCGAUUCUUCGCGAAACGAACCCGGUCGCGAUCUGUUUCGAUAUCGAGGUUUAGGAAAGAAGGAGAUUGAUCGGGCUGACGGCAUCCUCUAUUCCAUUGCUCCCCAUCUGUAUCUGAGCGCUCGCUCGGAAUAUCGGGAGCUAGACAGCGAGGAUUGCAAGCACAGAGCUUCGUCCUGAGUAUCGCAUCUUUGAGUCAAGAACCAUCUUAUCAGGGGGUUAUACCUAUAAUAAGGCCCCAAUCUUGUUACGAGGAGUGUACGUAUUGCAAGCUCCCAGUCCAAUUCAUUUCUCUCGGGUGUACAAGGCCUCUGAGUCUUGCGGGCGGCGUUUGUUAGCGAUGGAACGUUCAAUGGCUGAUGACUUAUGUGUAAAGACCAGAGGCCAACUCUUGUAUCUCGCAGGCAGCCUAAUUAUCACAUUUGACAAUAUCCUCAUUACUGCCCAAAUCUCUGCACGGCAUUAAUCUGUGCCAAGUGCUUAAAGUCAGUAAAAAUGGCUGAAGAAGAUUUCGAAAUCGAUAUCUACGGCGAUGAGAGCAACGACCAUCAGCAAGAUGACCACCGAGGCGAUGACAAUAACCAGGACCAUCACCAAGGCGAUGAUCGAAGGGAUAGCCAUGGUGACCAGAACAUGGAGGAGUACCACGCCGACAACCACCACCAUGCAGGAGACAGCCACAGUUCAAGUCAUCUUCAAGCGCAUGGUUCUCAACAGGGGACAAAGAGGAAACAGGAAGAUGAUGGUCGACCAGUUGACCAAUCUGCCACAACCUCGCUCAUGAUCUCGGAACUUAACUGGUGGAACACAGAUGAUGAUAUUCGAGGUUGGGCGCGAGAAGCCGACUGCGAAGAUGAGAUUAAGGAUAUCACCUUCAGCGAACACAAGGUCAAUGGCAAAAGCAAGGGCCAAGCUUACAUCGAGUUCUACUCGCCCCAAGCAUCUACAGCCACUAAGCGUCGUAUCGAACAGAUCAUAGCUGAAAGCCAAGGGGCCCAGAAGAAGCUCACCUUGACCUACUGGACCACUACCAACAAUCCCUUCAAAACCCUCCCCAAAGAUGCCCCUGCCAGAGGCAAGGAUCAAAACCGUGCACCAUCCGGCUCAUACAACAAUGACCGAGGCGGCGGUCAUAUGGGCGGUAACUUUGGUGGUGGUUUCCGAGGAGGAAGGGGUGGAGGCUACAACCGUGGUGGUAUGAACCAAGGUGGUUACAACCGGAACUUCAACAACAACAAUAAUAUGGGCGGCUACAAUAACAUGGGAGGUGGUUACAAUGGACCCAUGGGUGGCGGCGGCGGCGGUAACUUUGGCUUCAACAACCGCGGAGGUAUGAUGGGAGGGGGCAUGCGUGGUGGCCCUGGUGGUAUGCGAGGUGGUCGAGGAGGCAUGAUGGGUAUGAACCCCAUGGGUGGGAACAUGGGCGGGAUGCCUAUGGGGAUGCCUGGAAAUAUGGGCAUGGGCAUGAUGGGACCUAACGGUAUGCCUGGGUUCCAAGGAAUGCCUCCCAACUUCAACCCCGGCUUCGGCUUCAACCAGAACCAGGGCGGCGGCGAUUGGGGCAACCCUCAUGGAGCAAAGAGACCACGACCAGAGUAGUACCCCGUCGUUGGGCCUAAUAUUCCGCGCCAAAUGAUCCCAAUGGCGCCUCUGAGUACAAACACAAGCACAAGCAUGGACAAAGGGAAAUCGGGACAACAAUGAGAGUCUGAUAUGCGUGCAUUUAAUUCCGAUCUCUAGGCCAAAGACGAGUACGUUUUGGGAAGUUUGCGAAACCGCAUGAAUAUGUUAUCGAGUGAAAAAGGUUGAGGGAUAAUGGAAAGCAGUAACUGGGCACGUGUAACAUAGAUUAUGGAUGUUAAGGUUAGGGCAUUGGCGUCAACAAAGCGUUUUGUUUAAGUUUUCGUGAGUCACUGAAGAGAAAGUUACCUACGUGAAUUGUGAUAUUGCCUAGAGUGGGCUUGAGUAUAUAAAGAACAUGAAGUCUUCUCCCAGACCGAUCUACUUUCCUC